AGCUAUCUCAUCAUCAUUGAUAAUGGUCGGUUUGGCAACGUCGCGUCGCUCACCUGGCGCUACCUGCGCAGUGUCAACAGGGGGGCAAGCGAGCGAGCGGCAGUCGAUCCUACGAUCCGACAGACACGCUCGUCUCGAGCUGUCCUUACAUUUUUAUAUCAAAAAUAUUCCACAAAUCUUUAGUUACAAGUUAAAUAGUGACGCGUAUUGAGUACUUUAGUGUAAUAAAAGCGCGCGAAGUGAAAACUUUUAGAGUCAGUGGACGAAUACGGUAUUCAAAUUAGGAACGUUCAACGACACCGUUCGAAAAGCUUGUUCGUAUCCAUAGAGUUAGCGACAGAACUCUUAGAUUCGGUGUGGCUAUGUGAUGUGAGUUAAUUCUAGAUUUUCACCUACAGCGGAAACAGCUUACGUAGACGGCUAGCGGUAAAACGCCGUCCGCGCCGCACGCUAGUUCUUGUUUCAUGUUGAGUAACCGUCAGGUUUCUAAAAAAGUGCUUUCGAACGAACAUACAACAGCGUAUACGUGAAUUUCGGUGGUUCGCCCACGGUCCCGUUAUAGUGUGGGGGGACUGGAUGGACUGUUGUUGAUGCGUCGUGGGCUUGUGUGUCGAGGGUAGUGCCGAGGAGCCAGGGUUGUUGUGCGGUGGUGUGGCAGUGCAUGGCGCGAUGAUCAGCGGCGGCUGGGUGUGCGCGCUGCACGUGCGCACGGCGGGCCUGGGGGGCGCGGCGCUGGGCUCCGACGAGGAAGAGGUCGUGUAUCUCGCGUACGCCGUCGUAGACGUGCUCACCAACCAGAUUAUUGGAGAGCGGGAAUAUGCAGUGAGGCCCACAACCUCUGAUAUCAAGGAACAGAUUAAUAGGGUCGCAUCGCUGUCCGAGAGUUUGGUUGAAGAACAAAAUAUAAUAAAGGCAGAUUUGUCAGCCCUUAAGGAUAGAUUGAACACUUUCGACGAGUUCGUGAGAUCUCUGCAGGUGGACCCUCACUCACCACUCUUCAGGCUCGUGACGGACGGACAGCCUCCUUUAAGACAAUGUCUCCACCCCGAGGCAUGCAGCAAGGAUCUCUCUCUGCCGACGUACUACGCCCGUUUUCACGACAUUCGCAAGGAGUACGUGCGCGCGUACACUCUGCGCGCGGUGGCGGGCGCGCGCGCUGGGGCGCCGCCUCCGCCGCCGCCAGACCAUCCCAGCUCCAUGCUGGAUAUGCUCAACUAUUUAGGUAUAAGCCCCUACAGCGGCGAAAACUUCUACGCGGCUGAGGUCAAAGACAUGACCAGUAUUAUACAGAGGAUAAUCGCUGAUGGAUUCCGGCUGGAACUUCCGGAGACAGUAGACCUAGUUUUAGAAACUGGUAUUUGCUCAAAAGACGAUGAAAUAGACGGUAACUGUAUAGUCCGCGCUCGGGGGCUGCCGUGGCAGUCAUCGGAUCAAGACAUCGCUAAAUUCUUCCGAGGGCUCAAUGUUGCAAAGGGUGGCGUAGCCCUGUGCCUGUCGCCUCAAGGUAGACGUAACGGCGAGGCGCUGGUGCGGUUCGUGUCUCAGGAGCACAGAGACAUGGCGCUCAAGCGACAUAAGCAUCAUAUAGGAUCGCGGUACAUCGAGGUGUACCGUGCCAGUGGCGAGGACUUCCUGUCAGUCGCAGGGGGCGCCACUUGCGAGGCGGCCGCGUUCCUGUCUCGCGGGGCGCAGGUUAUCGUGCGGAUGAGAGGACUACCAUACGAUGCUACGCCACAGCAAGUUUUGGAUUUCUUCUCGACGGGCGAGAACCCGGUCCUGGUAUUGGACGGGGCGGAGGGCGUGCUGUUCGUCCGGCGCGCGGACGGCAGGGCCACGGGAGACGCCUUCGUGCUCUUCUCCAAGGAGGAGGAUGCCCCAAAAGCCUUGUCCAGACAUCGCAAGUCCAUCGGCGCGAGGUACAUCGAGCUCUUCCGGUCUACUACUGCUGAAGUACAACAGGUACUGAACCGCUCGCUGGAGACACGCACCUCCCAGUCCAGCACUCCAUCGGCGGCGCCGGCGCCCGCUGAGGGUCUGCUGCCGGUGGCGCUGGUGCCACAACAUGUCAUCACCUCGGGGACCGCUAAAGACUGUGUGCGGCUGAGGGGCUUGCCUUAUGAGGCACAGGUGGAGCACAUACUGACAUUCCUGGACGAAUUCGCCAAGAACAUAGUGGUGCAGGGAGUCCACAUGGUAUAUAAUGCUCAGGGUCACCCGAGCGGCGAGGCCUUCAUCCAGAUGGACAGCGAGGCGAGCGCCUUCCUCUGCGCGCAACACAAGCACCACCGCUACAUGACCUUCGGCAAGAAGCAGCGGUAUAUUGAGGUGUUCCAGUGCUCAGGCGACGACAUGAACCUAGUGCUAACCGGCGGCGUGACCCCGGCCACGUCCCCCAAGGUGCUGUCCCCCGGUACGUUGGUCCCCCCCGCCGCGCCCGCCCCGCGCCUGCUCGCGCAACACAUCGCGCACCAGAGCCUGCUCGCCAGGCAACACGAGAACCUCCUCCUGGCCUCGCUCCGGCCUCCCCUAGUCCCCAUGAUGCCUACCUACGCGGCCGUCAGGUCCCAACCCCCUCAGUACCAAAUCCCCCAAAUGAUUCCUCAGCAAACUGUUUUACCGACAAAGAGAUCUUAUGAACGCGCGUUUCAACAGACUGAAGCUACGCCGGCUAAAAGGCAAUAUACAUUACCGCCACAAAUGGCGCCUGCGCUAUCGUUACCGGUAUUUUCUUACGGGGCAUCGGCUCCUAUAUUUUCGUACGCGAACACGAGUCCUAUGUUAUCAACGUAUAACACAUUGCCGACUGCUUUACCGACCGCGCUGCCGGCGGGCUACAGUACCGCGCUGUCAGCCGCUCUGCCCGGCUCGAUGACGUCACCAUUCCCACUGUCAAUGUUCUCUACAUACCCAUAUUACCCAGGGGUCUAAAUGCCGACCUUGGCUUUGUCGCCUUAAUCUUACUUUUAAAAGUAAUUUAAGAAGGUUCUCUUAGUAGAUCCGAAAUAUUUUAUUAAUGAUCGUGUCUUGAAAUAGUAUAUUAAAGUUUUGAAAACUUGGCGCGCUAUAACAACUGUUUAGUUAAAUUGCUGACGUUAAACUAACUACUAACUUAUUAGUACGUCACGGAGUACAAUAAAGAAUUAACUCGUUAAAACUAAGCGUACCUGAGGGGAAACGGUUAACUUAACAUUUCUUAAUUAAGUUAAAUAAGUCUUAACUGUAAAAUGAGUUUACUUGAGUUUGAAACAAAAAGAACUUAAGUCACAAACUUUGGAACUUAAAACUCAAAAUCCCUUUCAGGAUAAUCGAAAUUUUACUAACGGCAACAUUGACGUCAAAUGACUUUAUUUAAAAGAAAAUAAUCAAACUUUUCAAACGUUACCAAUCCUGCAAAUAUUGGCCCAACCACAGCCAACAAUUUACAUCAAAUUGGAUUUAUUAUACACUCAAUACGCCAAUUGGACCAAUAUUGGCAAAUUACGCCAACAAGCCAACGUUAUUUGAUCCAACAAUCCUAUUAAAAUCGCUAACUCGGCGAAAAACAGGGUAAACAUUAUGACAUUUCGACAAUAAGCUCAAGCAUAGUGCCUUCGUUAACGAUAUUUUUAGGUUAGAAAAUGAAUUUAAUAAAAUCGUAAGUAAAUCUAUGAUGGCAGUUAUUAGCAGCUCGAUAUACAUUAGUUUAGUACUUAAAAUACUUGUUGAAUUUAUAACUUGACUUUAAAUAUUGUUGAACUCUCAUUUUCAUAUUUUUUAAUGUUAUCGACACAGACCAAUGAACUUUUAGACGGUUUUAUUGAAAAAUGAUUUCGUUUUACUUUUUAAUAGGUAUUCAACGUAUUUGAACAUCUCUGAUGAUAUUUUAAACAGCAUUUCUGUACAUGCAAAUAAACUGCGUACUCAAAGAAGCAAUAGUUAAUCAAGAAAAAAAGAUUGGUUUGCCAUACAAGUGAUUAGCUUAUGACAAUCUUGUAUGGCGAAGUUAUUUUUUUUUAUCUACUUAGCCUGAUUAACUAAUUGUGUUAUUUCCAUACACAGAAGCAGUGUUUAAAAUCUGUUCAAGAUCUGUUUAAACACUAUUAAUCAGAAAGAAACAAUCUUCCUUUUAACUGAGGAAGUCAGGCUCUGUCUAUACUUUUUAUUUGGUCUGUGGUUAUAUGUAAGUGAACCAGAGGUUGUUUAUCAAUGACAAGUAGUUGUAUGAAGUAAAUCUAAGUUUAAGGCGGGGUUGCUAUACUAAAUAUAUAUACAUAAAUACUCUUUCUAGUAAAAAAAAAAUAGUUAUUUUUUAAUUAAAUGACCGAUAUUAUGUUUUAUUUCUUUGAUGAUUUUGUCCUCGAGAAUUUUUAAAUCACAAUUCUAAAACUAAUUAUCCGUUAAUAUCGCUUUUAAAGCAAAUAUUGAAGUGGCAACCCCUAUCGUGUGAUUAGAUGUCGUUGUGAUUUUUAAUAUUAAACAUUCCAUAAAAAAGACAAUGUUUUGCCAAUUUCUUUAAGGCUGAAAUGAAGUCUGAGAAAACAUUAGGUACUUAGUCGCAAAGUUUAUGUACUGUUACAAAAAAAAAAUAUAUAUAUAUAUUCAAAGAACUAAAUAAUGGUUUAAAAAAGGGAAUAUUAUUUAAAUCUUUUACCAAAUUUUUGGUAUAAAAAUUAAAUCAAAAAGUGUUACAUAAAAAGCAAUACUUUUAAAUCACAGUUCUUUGAAUCGAUGCUUCUUAGCACAUAUUUUAAGAGCCAAUAAAAUAACUUCAUUUCUCUAUACAACAUAGACUUUUAUCGAUGAAGUGAUUCUACUGGACCUUAAAAACUUGCUAAACAUCUCUGAGAGCGAUCAUCUCACAGUAAGACUGUUGCAGUCGCGGAAGGGAGACAGCAUAUUACGAUAUGUAGAGUGCCAUCCCCCUUUCUCAGCCUUACUUUGACAGGUGGCCAUUCUGGAAUCCAUUUUGGAGUUUUAAAUGUCAUACAGUACAUGAACUAAAAGACAUUUUUUAGUAAGUUUUAUUAAAGUUAGCCUUUUUUUUUGUUUUUAGUACAACACGCGUGUUCUCGGUUUGUGCUUAGUAUACACUUUUUAUAUUUUAGCGUUUAGACAUUUUGUUCGUCGCACUUUAUUAUGCAAAAUGAAUUGAUUUUUUUCCACGUUUUUUCGGCUUUGUUUUAAUUAAAUCAUUUUUUUGAUUAAAUAUGUUUUAUACAGUUAAUUUUUAAAGUUGAAUCGUUUCGAAACUACGGAGAAAUCGUUUUAUGUAUUAACACGUCAACUUUUUUAUUGUUAUCAAUUAAAAUCAUGAAUUUUAGAAAAAAACAUGUACUCGGAAAUUAUUUAGUAAAAAAUAUAUUUAUAAACAAAUCGUUUUAUAAUCAAUAUACAAAAACAUUUCUCUUUAUUCGAGUAAAAAUGAAGCUAAAACUUAAAUUCACCGUUUUAAAUACUUUUACUGACGGCCGCACUAUCCUGUAUCCCAUAAAUAUCCUGGUGACCAAUAUCCCACUAUCCCUUAAUAUCCGACUGACCCAUUGACUAUCACGAAAUAACCCGGUUAUACCACAUAGCUUAACAUCAUUGUCUGUACCUCACACCACAUAGUGUAGUCUACAUUACAAUUAUAAUUUACUGCUAUAAUUUUGGACUAUAUUCCCGAACGUAAAAAAGUACAUAAGUUACAGAAAAUGUAUUAAAACAUGUGCGUCAGAAUGGCACGACCACGUUUCAUAAUAUAUGAAUGUAACUUAUCUACUUUCCCAACAAUGGGACGAAAAAAUAUUGAUUUUAAAAAUCAUAUCGUUGUUGAUUCGGGAGUGUAGUUCAAACCGGGUGACUUGUAUAAUGGAAAAAUAUAAAUUUAAAGUUAACGUCAUUUUAUAUGGUGCCGCCAUUGUCUCAAUAAUCACAAUUAUAGGUAUGGGGCUUUAGUCACAGUACACGGUGUAAUGGCUAAUCUUUGUUCUGUCAUUUCUAAAUUUUAUUAAUACUUGUAACUUUAGCAAUAUUAAAGCAAGACUAAAUACUAUGAAAAAAAUCUAUUCUAAACAAGACAUGUCUUCCUUUCUCUUGCUAGAGUUACAAAUAAGUCUUUAUUACAAUGCAAUAUUGUGUUUAUUAAUGGUUAUAUAUAUAAAAAAAACUGUUGUAUUAUGGUGUAUCCGUCGAGUUGUGUUAUGGAAAAAGUGCAUGAAACCCAUCAGUUUACCGGUAAGUGUUGCACACAAUACUAUGUCUUGAGAACAAUUAACUAAAUGUCGUAAAGAUACCCAGGUAGCAUGUACCGCUUAUUGUGACGGAAAAGGGUUGCAUGGCUCGCGUACAAUCCGAUAAUCAAUUUAAUUAAGCUUCUUUUCCAAAGCACAUCGCGACCGGAUACAAAUGUAGAACGAAACGUAUGUUACUGUUUCAUAAGAUGAUGUACCUCGGUUGUAACUUGUUGGUACAUUUGGUACUGGUUCAAUAUGGGUUGACACAGACUUGCAGCAUUCGUAAGUUACUAAUUCGCUGAAGUGACGAAGCAUUUCUUUAAGCUGUUCUUAUGCAUUGUGCUUCAUAACUGUAGUUUGAGGAUUAUCAUGUUUUAAGUCAUGUCGGUAAGGGUACUGUCUCCUCCAGUCAUACACGCAGUCUUUAAUCACAGCUUCCAUUUCUCUUGCUACCUUCAAGAUUCUAUGCUUUACUUUUGUCUCGAGUUAUUUAAAUAUUUUUAUUAUUAUAUGUAUUUUGAUAUCUUUUAGUGCACUUUUUUGGUGAUUUGGUAAAAAAAACAUUGGAAUAUUUAAUUAAAAAUUGAUUUUGUGUUGAUUUAUCGAUUUUUAUGAUUGCACUAAAUUUUAUUAAAAUAUAUUUAUUUGUGUAUUGACUGGAGGACGUGGUGUGAGGAUUUCAGAUAUUUUCUGUUUUAUAUAAGGCGUCUCGGGUCACAAUAUGAACUGCCAAAGCGUUUCGGUUACAGUUUUUAUUAUUUAACUAUACACAAUUAUCGAUACGCUCAAAAGCCGAAAAACCAUAGAAUGUGGUUUUAGAACUAAGUUUUCCGUUUUACAGAGUUUUAUGUCUCAUCUUGUUAGUAUCAUUAUGGUUUUUAUUAUAAUUUUAGUUACUUAAAGUGUAUUGCGUUUAGAAAUAAAAGGUUAAUUUCCAUGUUAGAUGAUAA